CAUAAAUAUGUCAAAGAAAAAAAUAGACUUUUUAAAAAGUAAAUAAAUAAUUAUGAUCAAGUAUUAUCAGCAACGACUGUCUCUGUUUACUUGUUGAUGUUACAAUAAAUAUAUUAUUUCAAAAAAAAAAAUAAAAGAAGCACUAAAACUCCGUGUGUAUUUUGGCAGGUGGUUGUGGGAUAAAAACCUGACGUGUCACUGAUAACAAGUGUCUGCAUGUGCCACGUUGCCAAACAGUCAGCAGAGUUGUUGAGUCAAACCCUCAUUCAUUUCUUUUGGAGAAGAAACAGCUGGUGACACCCGUUCUGAGCCAUGUCUGGACUGAACGCAUCUCUCGGAUACUUCCUGGCUGCUGUCAUUUUUGCAGCCUCGGUUCGGACUCUCCUCAAAAAAUGGCCACGGUUUGGAUUCAUUUUGGAGUUUGCAUCCUCUUUCAUGCUGGUGGCGUGUUGGCUGGAGGUGCAGACCAUUGUGGAGGUGGGGGAGUGGGCCGGGGGCUUGGGGCCUGAUGUGACUUUAACCAUACUGUUUGUGGUGCUGCUGACCCACAGCGUGAUCUGCGGUGCUGCAUCAGGGAAUCCCACCCUGGUUGUGCUGAAGUUCCUGCAGCUGGAGGCCAACACCCUGCCCACUGUCCUUGCUGUUGCGGCCCAGUUUCUGGGGGCCCACCUUGCCCUUCUUGCAGCUGUGUACUACUGGAGUCUGGAGCUGACUGACAUGCACAUGAUCAAAAAUCUGAUGGUGAGAGAGUGCAGCACAUCUCUGCUGGUGUCUGUGCUUCAGGGUUUUUUCACUGAGUGUGUCUGCACGCUCAUCUUUCAUCUCAUCCAUCUGAACCUGCGGCGCAGAUCUGCUCUGAUCCGGGUGCCGCUGAUCGCCGUCCUCCUCACUUUCCUGUCCCAUACAGCCCGAGGCUACACCUCAGCUUACAUGAAUCCCUCCUUGUCCUAUGGCCUCACCUUCCACUGUCCUGGAUUUACCCUGACUCAGUACGCAGUAGUCUACUGGCUGGGCCCUCUCACUGGCAUGACUCUGGCUCUGCUCUUGUACAUGGGCCAUGUACCAAGGAUCUUUGCGAAGAACCUACUGUAUCUUCAGAAGACACGUUUCCGAGUGCCAAAGGGAGAGAAAGGAGAAAAGAAGAAAUAGAGAAACUCCAUGUUUUUUUAAACAGCCUUUUAGGAAAUUACCUGGUUAAUGGUGAAGAGAUUUUGUAUGGACAAUUUAAAAUAUUAAGGAUAAAACUUAAUGACAAAUCAGUUCAAUUCUUCCAUUCUUGUCAUUGGUUUUAAAUUAUUGCCAUCAAUGAAGUAUUACUUUUGGAAAAAAAAUUCACCAUGUUUAAGACACAUGGUUGCCAUCUGUUGGUAGCAUAAAAAAAUCACUUGUACACACUGCAGAAAACCACUGAAAAUGAUCUCACAGAGGCCAAAAAGUAACUUAAUCAAUAAAAUGACAAAAAAAAAAACUAUGGAUAUAUU